ACUGGCAUGCUAGAUUUUACUCGGGUUAAUGACAGCCCUACUUCCUGCUCCCAUCUCACGUCCAUUUUCCCUGCGGCCUUUACUCUUCCGUCCUCUGAUGGAGCCAACGAACUUCCCAUUCUAGUCGUUCCCUCCAUGAAUCGGCUUGUUUCUCCCUCUCACCGCUCCUUUCUCUCUCCUUCCCUACUCAAAAACCCAAUCCUUUCCCGCCGCUGCAGCCUCAGAUUCAACGCCGGCAGUACUCUGGCUGAUACAAUGAGUGCUGGCGGAUUCGAUGACCUCAAGGCGACGUUCUCCGUGGAUGUUUGCCGGGCUGAUGGGCGGCCCCUUAAUGUACCGUUGAUCGCACCGUUCACUAUUGCGUCCUCCAGCCUCGAUACUGUAGGGAACGUAGCGGUACGCGUGGAGCUACGAGGCGGUGGCAACGGCUGGGGGGAAGCCCCUGUGCUUCCAUCCGUCACCGUCGAGGAUCAACACUCGGCGCUUGAGACUGUCGCCGAUAUAUGUGGUUUCCUUGUAAAUAGGCAACCGAUAGUUCUAGGCUCCCUGCUAACCGAGAUCAACGGUCUUCUUCCAGGCCACAGCUUUGCAUCGGUCCGUGCAGGGAUUGAAAUGGCACUGAUAGAUGCUGUUGCAAAUAGCAUCAACGUACCUCUUUGGAAACUAUUUGGUGGUGCCUCCAAGUCCAUUGUCACUGAUAUAACCAUUCCAAUUGUUGCUCCAAAUGAAGCAGCUAAAUUAGCAGCAAAAUACAAGGAGCGAGGCUUUAGCACUUUGAAACUUAAGGUGGGAAAAAAUUUAAGCUCGGACGUCGAAGUAUUAAAGGCCAUACGAAUAGUUCAUCCUGAUUGUUCUUUUAUCCUCGAUGCAAAUGAAGGAUAUACAGCUAAUGAAGCAAUUGAAGUUCUUGAAAAACUUAAUGAAAUGGGGGUCACACCAGCUCUCUUUGAACAACCAGUUCAUAGAGAUAACUGGGAGGGUCUUCAUCAUGUUACGCAAGUAGCGAAAGGAAAAUAUGGUGUUUCUGUAGCUGCAGAUGAAAGCUGUAGAAGUUUGGAAGAUGCAAAGAGAAUCAUUGAGGGAAAUCUAGCUCAUGUUAUCAACAUUAAGUUGGCCAAGUUAGGCGUCCUGGGGGCUCUUGAUGUAAUUCAGGUUGCGAGAGCGGCAGGUACCAAGCUUAUGAUUGGUGGCAUGGUUGAGACCAGGCUUGCCAUGGGAUUUGCUGGUCAUUUAGCAGCUGGUUUGGGCUGUUUCAAGUACAUUGACCUUGAUACACCUCUUCUACUAUCAGAAGAUCCGGUAGUUGGUGGUUAUGAGGUUUUUGGUGCUAUCUAUAAGUUUAAUGACUCAAGCGGACAAGGUGGAUUCCUACAAUGGGAUGGUAUUUCUUAGUUGCCUUUAUAAUUUGCCAAAAAUUUCAUAAUUUCACAACGAAAUUUAUAAAGAAUUUUGUACAAUAUAUUGUGAUUACCAUUCUGAAAUGCUGUAACAUUUAGAAGCCCUGAAUUGUGAGUUUUGUAUCGAACAUUCGUUACAGACACCUAUAAGUCAUCUUUAUUAUUUUGAAAUGAAA